AUGGAGGAGGAUUUUGAUGCCAAUAUGGAGGAGGAUUAUGACAUCGAUGAUGUCAAUCAGCCGGAAGGAAGGAAGGUUAGAGGUAGUACAAGGCUACCAAAGUUAGCAGUACGUCAUGGUCGUAUUCAGAAGAAGCAUGUGGAUUUUGAUGCCAAUAUGAAUCCAAUUGGUGAAGAGAAGGACAGAUUCAUUAGCUAUAUAGGCUCCGUUGCCCGAAGCAAAGUCAAUAUUCUAUGGCCUAAUUGGAAGUCAAUUUCUAAGCAGACGAAGGAUAUGAUUUGGGAAUAUAUUUUGCAAACGUAUGACAUCCCUCGUACUGAGCAAAUGAAAAAGCAUUUGUUGCAGCAAGUUCGUCAGCGCUGGAAAGAUUUUAAGCACACACUCACGAGCCAGUAUGUGCGAGGGUCUAGGAAAGAUGAUGAUCCGUGCGAAAAAUACACCUUCCUUGAUCCAGAUGAUUGGAGGAGGUUUGUGGCAUCACAGCAUGAUCCUAAAUUUCAGGAAUUAAGUGCGAUGAAUAAAGAAAGGCAAGCUAAAAAUUUAUAUCCGCACUAUUUAUCCCGUGGAGGUUACAAGAUGCUUGAGGAGAGGAUCAUGCAGGAUGACUUUAAGUAUCGUUGUUCAGACCCCACCUCCUCCUCCACGUCAUAG